UAUAAAUUGGCUUUCUAACUAUCUUAGAACAUAUUGUGCUGCGUGCUGGACACAUUUACACAGUGCUCAAAAUGUCCAACGAACGGCAGCUUACAUUCUUGAAGUCGGAACUACCUGUCAGAAUCCUGGACUCUUCCGACCUGGACGCCGAUGGAACCUUUUCCGAGGUUGUGCUAUCAACACCGGAACAUCUGGACGGAUUCAUGUCCACAAUACACAAACUUUCGUUUAGUUAUCAAAAUAGAAGCGAUGCCCGACGGUUGAAUCUGAUGGUGAAAGUGAUGAAGGGAAGCGACGAGUUCCGCGAGUCCUCGCUCAGCAAAACACAGUUCGGCAACGAGAUCUACAUCUACACUCAGGUCCUGCCAGUGUUCCGCCAGCUAAUGGUAGCCAGCGGACUGCCGGCGGACUGGUGUCCGACCGUGUUCUACGGCGCAGCUGGCCAAUUUCCCGCCUACAGCGAUCAGUAUGAAACUAUCCUCGUACUGGAAGACAUUUCGCAAUUCGGAUAUGUGCCCGGUCCUCGGCUUGACUUCGAAGAAGACCACUUGCGGCUGAUGGCACGGAAUAUCGCUUCGUUUCACGCCUGUACCUACGCCAUGCGUGUCCGGAAAGAUCCACGAUUGGAGAAGCUAAUCGACGGUAUCAUGCCGCUGGACUUUAUUUCGGGCGACAAAACGUUCACCAGCUACGACGUGCUACUCAAACUCGGUUCUGACCGAUUGUACCGCUACUUGGACGCGCAUCCGGAGUGUCUCGAAGGGGACCAGUUUCGACAGGAUGUCGCCAAGCUUCGCGAGCGCUACGGAGCAACACCCAUCCGUUUGAUGCAGAAACUGCUGGCGCAGGAUGUGUUUUCGGCCAUCCUUCAUGGGGACUACAAUCGGAACAAUGUCCUGUUUCGGUUAGACUCUGCGGGUAAGCCGCUCUCGCUGAAGAUGUUCGACUUUCAGGAGAACCGCUACGCGACGCCCGUCAUUGAUCUUACGUUUUUCAUGUACAUGAGCAUGACGGAGGAGCUACGGGAACAAUGCUGGGACAGUCUGGUCCAGGAGUACCACGGUACGAUGUUGACCACCCUGGCUUCGAUACUGCAGGUGCCGGAAACGGAUGCUAUUCUCGAUCCGUAUCGGUUCGCACCAUUCCUGGAGCACUUUAAGCAACACGCAAUGUACGGUGUGCUUGUUACUUUGCACUUCCUGCCGUGGAUGAUGUGUCCGGAAGAAGAGUGCUCGCAGGUCUCGUAUCAUUUCAUGCGCGAUAUUCACUCGGCGGAGCUGGCACACUGGACUCGGGUGUGCGGCGGCGAAGAAGUGGACAAACGGCUCGUCGGUGUUUUGCGGCAUGCAAGUAGCAAAGGCUACUUCGAUAUCGUCUCCGAAAACUAGUGAACCUCUUUACGAAUCGGGAACGACCAUACAGGGAUUUAAGGCAUUUACAUAUACGGGCCGCUAUCAGUCACAACUUCUAUUACAUUCCUGAUGCCAUAACAUUUUGUGUUUAAAGUCGAUUUUAAAUCGAGACACUGAAAAUAUACUUUUUUACGUAACGAAAUAUACACCAAAGGGUCGUAGAAGACGUUGCUAUGGAACGGUGUAAAAGGAUCGGCAACGCGUCCUACCAUCUAACUUUGCCAAGGUUCAGAUAACCUUCAUACCAUGGGUCCGGAUAAUUUACGUUAUAUGUUUAGUUAAACGACCUCUGGAUAGAUUUUCUGCAAAGCGCAAUACCACCGCGUCGUAUAAAACGCUUUCGACGUAAAGUCAACGGGGUUCCGUCGUGCCUUUUUUCUUACCGGUGCCUUCAGCGAGGAGUUUCGAUAGGACCCAAAAUAAGUCCUUAAUCUA